CGCCCAGUCAAUGGGCGGGGCUGUUGCGUGCGGGGUGCGCGGGGACGGGGUGGCUGCGGCGGCGCGCGGUGGGACGGCGGCCGGCACCGCCCGGCCCGGCGCGGCCGUAGGCGCUGAGGUUUCUUUAGACUGUUCUCAAUGUUGAAAGAUGGGAGAGAUAGAAGGAACAUAUAGGGUCCUGCAGACUCCCGGCUCUCGUUUGGGUGUCCAGAAGACUAUGGGAGUGAGUACCUUGGAGCCAGGACAGAACCUCUCCACUGCAAUGGCAUCAUUGCCUGCCAAAACACAGGAGCGGGACCUGCCGAUCAAAAUAAAGAUGCUGGACAACACAGUGGAAGUACUUGACAUUGAGUCAAAAUGUUAUGGCCAGACUUUAUUGGCUGAAGUUUACAAGCAUCUGAAUUUGAUUGAAUCAGACUACUUUGGGAUUGAGUUCCAGAAUAUCCAGUCAUAUUGGAUUUGGCUGGAGCCUAUGAAACCUGUUAUUAAGCAAGUACGACGACCAAAGACUACAAUGCUUCGUCUAGCUGUAAAGUUUUUCCCUCCAGACCCGGGUCAGUUGCAAGAGGAAUAUACUAGGUACCUGUUUGCGUUGCAAAUCAAGAGAGACUUGGCAGAGGAACGACUGACCUGCAGUGACAAUACAGCUGCUCUUCUGGUCUCUCACCUUCUCCAGUCUGAAAUAGGAGAUUUUGAUGAAUCAGAGGAUCGAGAACACCUUAAAACAAACCAGUAUUUUCCAAACCAGGAAAGAAUUGAAGGAAAGAUUCUGGAGUUCCACAGGAAACAUGUGGGUCAAACUCCUGCUGAAUCAGAUUUUCAAGUGCUUGAAAUUGCUCGAAAACUGGAGAUGUAUGGCAUCAGAUUUCACCUUGCAUCCGACCGUGAGGGCACCAAAAUUAAUCUAGCUGUCUCACACAUGGGUGUGCUGGUAUUCCAGGGGAAUACGAAAAUCAAUACCUUCAACUGGUCGAAGGUCCGUAAGCUAAGCUUCAAGAGGAAAAGAUUCCUUGUUAAACUCCACCCAGAGGUCUGUGGCCCAUAUCAAGAUACACUGGAGUUUCUUUUGGGAAGUAGGGAUGAGUGUAAAAACUUCUGGAAAAUCUGUGUUGAGUAUCACACGUUCUUUAGGCUCUUUGAUCAGCCAAAACCAAAGGCUAAAGCAGUGUUAUUCACCAGAGGAUCAUCAUUCAGAUACAGCGGACGAACACAGAAGCAACUAGUGGAUUACAUUAAGGACAGUGGGAUGAAGAAAACCCCAUAUGAAAGGAGGCACAGCAAAGUCAGAGCAUCCACUCGUGCUUCAAACACAGAAGUGCCAAAGCAGAGUGUCCCAUUUAUUGAGGGCUUGAGAAGCCCAGGGUCUCCUGCCUCAGCAGCUGCUCCCUUCCACUCAGUUCACUCAUCGGCCACUCCUACUCCUGUCCUGCCCAUCUUUGCAGAAACCAGCCCUUUGUCUUCGAACCCCCGCGAGCCAUGCACAAGGAUUCCAGAAAAGAACAGUGCAGCACCAGCAGAAGAAGUUGGGAGGAAGCUGAUGCAGCAGCCUGGAUCUCCCAUGCUCCAAGGCCUUCCAGUGGACCAUUCUCAGCUCUCUUCCCUCGUGCUGAAGAAUCCCCUAGGCUUGAACCCGACAUUUCAGGCGAACUUGAAUGCAGCUGCCCAGGGUUCAUCUCCUCUUCUGAGUCCUGUCCUUAGUGAUGCUGGUGGUGCCAGGGUAGAAGAGGAUGAUGAAAUGAAACGUAAGCGCUGCCCAGCUGACAAGGCAUACUUCAUAGCAAAGGAGAUUCUUGCUACAGAACGGACGUAUUUAAAGGAUCUGGAAGUUAUUACAGUGUGGUUUCGCAGCGCAGUCAUCAAGGAGAAUGCUAUGCCAGAGGGCCUGAUGACAUUGCUCUUCUCUAACAUAGACCCGAUUUAUGAGUUUCAUCGAGGCUUUCUGAAAGAGAUUGAGCAAAGGCUAUCACUCUGGGAAGGAAGAACCAAUGCUUACGUGAAAGGAGAUUAUCAACGCAUUGGAGAUGUCAUGCUCAGGAAUAUGCGUACCCUGAAGGAGUUUACCAGUUAUCUGCAGAAGCAUGAUGAGGUCCUGACAGAACUGGAGAAAGCAACAAAACGCUUAAAGAAGCUGGAAAUGGUGUAUAAGGAGUUUGAGCUUCAGAAGGUUUGCUACCUGCCCCUCAACACAUUUCUGCUCAAACCAAUUCAGAGACUGAUGCACUACAAGUUGAUCCUGGGAAGGCUUUGCAAGCACUACACAGCAGAGCACCGGGACUUUGCUGACUGCCGGAAUGCACUGAAGGAAGUCACAGAAAUGACGUCUCAGCUGCAGCACAGUCUCAUUCGCCUGGAGAAUUUCCAGAAGCUCACAGAGCUGCAGCAUGACUUGAUCGGUAUAGAUAAUCUCACAGCACCUGGUAGAGAGUUUAUCCGUGAAGGUUGCUUGUACAAGCUCACUAAGAAAGGUUUACAGCAGCGGAUGUUCUUUCUGUUCUCGGAUAUGUUACUGUACACAAGCAAAGGGGUUACAGGGACAAAUCAGUUCAAAAUUCACGGACAUCUUCCUCUGCAUGGCAUGUUGGUGGAGGAGAGUGAGAAUGAAUGGGCUGUCCCACACUGCUUCACCAUCUAUUCAGCACAGAAAACCAUAGUGGUGGCAGCAAGUACCCGCCUGGAGAUGGGGAAGUGGAUGGAAGACCUGAACAUGGCAAUUGAAAUGGCCAAGAAAUCUACUGAGAAAUCUGACAUGCUUCUGGAGAACUCAGUAUGCAAUCGCUCCAACAGAUCCUCUGAUGAGGUCUCUCUAGAACAGGAGUCCGAAGAUGACACACACUCUUCUCGUAGCUCCUUGGACAGGCAGAGCCACCACCGUGCCAACACAACCAUGCACGUGUGCUGGUACCGCAACACGAGCGUCUCCAUGACUGACCACAGUGUGGCUGUUGAGAACCAGCUCUCUGGAUACUUGCUGAGGAAGUUCAAGAACAGCAAUGGCUGGCAGAAACUGUGGGUCGUCUUCACCAACUUCUGCUUGUUCUUCUACAAAACACACCAGGAUGAUUAUCCCUUGGCCAGUCUCCCACUGCUCGGCUAUGCAGUCAGCACUCCUGUGGAGGCAGACGGUAUUCAGAAGGAUUAUGUCUUCAAGCUGCAGUUCAAGUCCCAUGUGUAUUUCUUCAGGGCUGAGAGCAAAUACACCUUUGAGAGGUGGAUGGAGGUGAUCAAGAGAGCCACCAGCUCUCCAGCCAGGUCGAGCCUGCUGCUUCCAAAGGAUGAGAAGGACAGUCACACAGACUGACAUGGGGCAGAGCUGGAUCUCUGGUGUAAACAUCAACAGAAGAGGCAGCUGGAAACAGGAGUCUGGAGCUGAUAAAGAACCAGGAGGGUCAUUUCUACCUGGUUUGGAAAGUGGGAGUUGAAGGAGUUGCAGAUGGUGAUCACAUCCACUACCAAUGGUAUGGAAGAGGGUCAGGUCUGCUUCAGUUGAACCUACUUAAGAGAGAACCUAACAACUGCAGAGCUUCAGUGUGCACGCAUCAGGGAAGGUUUAUUGUUCCAGUUGUACCUGUACAGUAACACCCUUGCCUGCUUUGAAGGCACAUGCCUCUUGGUUUUACUUUUUGACUGGAUGGCCAGCAUAUAUGGGAGAAAAACAGCAGCUGUCAGUGCUGCAGUUGGCUCGCAGCUGCUGGUGCCAGCGCUGGCUCCCAGAAGUUCCCUUUCCCCUGAUGCUCAGUGUGGUUGGCUGUACAGUAAUACAAGCUGUUCUUGUCAGCCUGCUGGCACAGUCGGCUCGGACUAACAGGGGAUCCACAGACAUAUUAGCUUAAACACAGUUCAUGUCAAUCAGAAACUGCAGCUCUCAUAGAACAACUCUGCUCUUUGGCAGCUGCCAUGGCAGCAGUUUUCCAUGGGACGUGGGAGGAAUGAACGUCUGCUGAGCUGUUGAGGUUUUGCUAUAUUGUGGGUUGGUACAGGUAGGGUGAUGGUUUUUCCUCUGAACUCUACUAUGAUUCUAUGCUGAGAGGGUCAGUCACUAUUCUCAUUUCACAUCUCCGGAGUUUCUUUAUCCUGUCGUAGGCAUUACUUAAGCCAUGGGAUGACAAACACGCUCUCCACUCUGAUGCAGGUGAUGUUUUCAAGGCAUUUAAGCAUUACAGGAGAACAGGCUUCUCUGAAAGUCACUUACAUGUGCUUGUGUCACUCAAAGACUCCUGAAAAUCCCUAUUCUUACCUUUGAAUUUGGGGCAGGAUCCAUAUUCUGUUUCUCGUGAAGGUGUGAAAGUCACUGGAUUCCAGUUGGAGCAUCGGUGUCUGUGGACUCUAUUAAAUCUCUGUAUUAAAUCUGAAAUGUUUGCAGUUUGUUCUGUUUUUGUAAGGCUGUUACAUUCGGUUGCCUCCACAGAAGGACUGAAAUAAGCAAAGUGCCACAAAAUGCUGUUGGAUGUGGCUUUGAUGGGCUCUAGGGACUCUGCUUUUGUAUUAGACUGAAAAGUAUUUGCAUACUAGAAGGAACAAUGCAAUGGUGCAGUGAAAGAAAAGCGUCGCACGUUGGGAGGAUGGAGGAAUGUGGAGAUCCUGUGAGACAGGAACUGCAGAGGUCAGCAUGUGCAUUCUCCAAGGCUGUUUCAGGUUAUGGUGUAACGUGUGGGAUGAGGACUGUGGGUUCCAGAGGGAUUUUCCAGACUGCUCACUUGGCAUUCACAUCCUAGAGAAGAUCAGAUCCAGCCUUGUCCACCACUGUCACAAUGACCAUUGUCCCAUGUAAGUUAAAUGUACCUAAUUUAUUAGUGUCUUUUUAAAAAUGUUGUUAACUGUUGUAGGUGUAUACAUGUGGAUUGCUUAGAUAUGUUAUAAUGCAGCUGAAUAUGACUGUUUGAAGUAAAUAGCAUCUUGCUAUAAAA